CGCCCCCCGGCUCGCCCUGCCUUCCCGGAGCCCUCCCGGCCCGCGCGCGCGGCCAGCGCAGACCUCCCGGCUCGACUGGCGGCGCGGGCGCGGAAAGAUGUCGGCUCCAGGACCUUAUCAAGCAGCUGCAGGCCCUUCUGUAAUGCCCACCGCACCCCCAACCUAUGAAGAAACAGUGGGUGUCAACAGUUACUACCCAACGCCCCCAGCGCCUAUGCCGGGACCAGCCACAGGGCUCAUUACAGGCCCAGAUGGGAAAGGCAUGAAUCCACCUUCGUACUACACCCAGCCUGUGCCUGUCCCCAACGCCAACGCAAUUGCCGUGCAGACUGUCUACGUACAGCAGCCCGUCUCCUUCUACGACCGCCCCGUCCAGAUGUGCUGUCCUUCCUGCAGUAAGAUGAUCGUGACCCAGCUGUCCUACAAUGCCGGGGCCCUCACCUGGCUCUCCUGUGGCAGCCUGUGUCUGCUGGGAUGCAUCGCUGGCUGCUGCUUCAUCCCAUUCUGCGUAGACGCCCUGCAGGACGUGGACCAUCACUGCCCCAACUGCAAAGCGCUUCUGGGCACCUACAAGCGUUUGUAGGACUCGGCCGUCCAGCCACAGGGGAGAGAGUAGACAAGUGCUACCGGAAGUCACCUGACCCUUGCCCAACAGCCAGAAGAGGUCCUUCCUUGAUCUCAUCUCUUCGUGGGCUCCAUCUUCUUGUCGUUUAGGGGGUGGGAAAGGUCGGAAAAGUAACACACCUCCAAACCCAGGACCUGCUGCUGGAGUUGUGCCCUGCGUGUGCAAAGAUGUGGACCUCGGGUGUCAUUUCAAUGGCUUACCACCUGCUCACGUUACCCACUGUGAUUGUUACCCCCAUUUGCAUCUCCUCCACUGAUCUGCCAUUGGCUGCCUCCUCUUCCUCAGUGGGCCUUCCCGGUGCCAGUCUCAAAUCCUGAAGCCAGUUUGCCUUAUUUUUCACUGUUUGGCUUGAUCUGUUCCAUCUCUUCCCAUCCCUAAUGACAGGGGCCUUGCCUUAAAGACUUUAUGGUUCUGUAAUUGCAGACUUCUCCAGCACUCAGAAUCACUUUAAUUUCAUAGAGUUUACCCCCCAGCCCCCUCCCCCCCAGCAAGUGCACAGGAGGGCUGACUGCUGACACCCACCAGAUACAUACAGAUAAGGUCACAAGUAGUAAAUAAAAGGCUCGCAUUCCUUCCCGGCCUGUGAAGGGUUCCUUCCUCAUACAGUUUCUGUGAACUCCUUUUGUUCUUAAACACAUAUAGAAGUUACUUGGCAGGGAGACAUUUCUAGAAUAAUUUUUGUAAUCACGAUACACCCUUCAUUUCUCCGUUUGCUGGUGUGUUUUUAGUUGGUUUUGUUUUAGCUUUUCACAGACCGUCCAGCUUGGUGCCCAGGGCAGCCUGGAACUCCGAGGAGAUCUCAGUCUUGGCUCUGGGCAUGUGCCUCUGCACCUCCUGGGCUUUUUGUUUUCUUUGACAGAAAAACAAACAGGUAAUUUCAUUGACUGCCUGUGUAGGCUUGGUGUGGAUCUGAAAGACUUGUCUCUGUGGGGUCUCUUUGGGGGAUUCCGAGUUGAACCCCUGCUUCAGUGCUGGAAGGUUGGCUGCUGGAAUUCCCUGAGCAUGAUUUCAGUUUUUAGAGAUGAGCUUGUGUGGUACGGUCAUCAUGGUCUCUGACAUCAACAGACCAGGUAGAAGGAUGCCAAAGGCAAGUUCAGGGCUUUUUAGGGUGACCACUCUGACCUGUGUGACAUUGACACCGUCUGCAAGCUUUUCAGGAGGUCCUGGCUGCAUCCUAAACCCACACAGGAUCUGCUACAGAGAUCAGCGAAUGGAGUCAGCCUGACCCAGAACUGAAGUCUGCAUGUUGGUUAAGAUACAGCCUAGCCAUUGACUGAGCUGGUCAUACAAUGAUCCAGAAGGACUAGCCACUAUUUUUGCAGUGAAUUAUGGGUACCAUACAUCAUGACUUUGAUGAUAUCUGCUUUUAAACAAAUAAAAUCUUUAAUCACUCAGUGAACAAUUCAGUUCACCUGUUAUGAAGAAA